AUGGCCUUAGAACCAAUUCCCACGGCUCAAGUUACAAUAAAAACAACAAAAGGAAACCUACCGUUUCAUAUCUUUGCAAAAGAAACUCCCACAACAUCAUUACAAUUCUUAAAUUUAUGUAAUUCCAAAAAUCUCGGAGAUUUAAAUUUCACAAAUAAAGAUUAUCUAACAAUAAAACCAAAACAAGAAGAUAUAAAAUUAGAAAUCGAAUCAAAUUCAAGAAUUAAAUGUAAAAGAGGUUAUUUGGGAGUUUUUAAUAAUGAAUAUAUUAUAUCAUUAACUGAUUUAAAUUUAAAAUAUGUUUUUGGAAAAAUUGACCUGGAUUCUUGGUAUACUUUACAAAAUAUUUCAAAAUUAAUUAAAGAAGGUAAAAAAAUUGAAAUUACUGAUAUAGUAGUUGAUAAACCUUAUUUUGAAUUAGAUGAAAUUGAUGUAAAAAAUGAUGAAGAAAUUGAUAAUGAACCAAAAUUGAAAAAACCUAAAGUUGUUAUGAAUUAUGAUCUUGAUGAGGAAGAAGAUGAUGAUGGAGAAAUCAAAUUGGUUAGUGCUUAUGAUUUGAAAAAGAAGAGGAAAAAUGCUAAAGAAGAUAAGACAUUACUCCAAGAUAGGGAAAAUGAGGUGGAAGAUAAAGCAGAGGAAGUAAUAGACGAAGAGGAUAAAAACAUUGAAAAACACGAAUCAAGAGAAAAAGAACUACAACAAGAAGUUGAAAAAGAAAUUGAAGUAAUAGAAGUAAAUUCAAAUUCAGAUUCAAAUUCAGACUCAGAUCCAGAUCCCGACUCAGAUUCGGAUUCAGAUUCAGAAUCAAGUAUAGAUUCAAUAAAACAAAAUAAAAAACCAAAUUAUAAAAUUGAUCCAAAAAUUGAUUUAAGAGUUGAUUUAAAACAUGCUGAAAGUAUUACUUUAGAUCAAUUAAAAAAUCAUAAAUUUCUUACCUAG